AUGGAGGAGGAGACGCCCAAGGCCAAGAAGCGGUCGUCGUCGUCGGUCCUGGGGAGCCUCCGGGAGGCGAUCGCCAAGCUUCAACUCGCGGCCGGGCCUGCUGGACGUCGAGGACAGCAUCGCGUCGCCGGCCUCCUCCAGCUCAAGGACCUCCAGGUCGGCGAGCCUGGGCACGGCGACCACCAGGAGCCUGUCGCGGACCAGCACCAGCAGCGCCGCGGCGUCGCCCGAGGCCCUGAAGAGGGCGUCGUCGGCGUCGUCCAGCGGCCGCGGGUCGCCGGCGGCGGGGAUGACGACAUCGACCAGCGCGCGGAGCUGUUCAUCGCGAACUUCUACAGGCAGCUGCGGAUGGAGCGGCAGGUGUCUCUGCAGCUGCGGUACGUCAGGGGGAACAGCUGGGACAGGAGUCCUGCCGCUUCUCCUUCUCCUUCUCCUUCUCCUUCAAGUGGCAGUGUUCAUCGGUAG